AUGCGAAGUGAUGUAACUUACCUUGAAUCUUUCCUUGAUCACAUUUCAAGUUUCCCAGCGGAGCUACGCCGCAACUUGGAUCUCAUGAAGGAUCAAGAUAAAACAUGCACAGAGCUGUUUGAGGAGAUGACAAAACUCCAAAAGGAGUACAUCGAGCGAGCAGAAUGGAAAAUGGAAAAGCUGGAAAUCGUGGACGGAAACAGCAUUCGAGUCCUAGGAACAGAUGACGAUGGACCAACAGUGCUACCAACCACAGAAGAGCUUGUGGACUAUAUCUAUGAGCAUGACACACUAAAGCGCAUCGAGACGAUUGAGAAAGACGCACUACAAAGGACGGCAGAAAAAGUAGCAGUCGCCGAACAAUCUCAUGCAUUGGUGGAUAACGUAUGCAAGCGUCUGGAAUCGGAUCUCAUUCAAAUCGAGAAAACUCUACAGGCAAACGGAGGGUUCCAGGCACCUGGCAUGGCAAAGGUGAAUGAUCUGGCUGCAGUCCAAGUCACACCAGGCUCACCAGACUGGAUUCUAGCUAAAGUAGUUACUCACGAUCCUACGACUGGAAUGUAUCGAUUGUCGGAUGAAGACACGGAAAGCAACAAGAUAUUUGAUCUUCCGCAAUCCCAGGUUGUGAUUUUGGGUGGCCUGAGAAACUUGUCGAAAGGCGAGACAGUAUUCGCAAUCUACCCAGAUACUACUUCAUUUUAUCAAGCAACAAUUGCCCAGGUUCCGAGGAAGUCGACCGGUGGAGGCAGCUUUGUCAUGGUCAAUUUUGUGGAUGACAGCGAUGAAAAUGGGAUCACGCAUGACAAAGCUGUUCUAUUGAAGCAUAUCAUGCUCCCCCCGUACUAG